AAAAAAAAUUUGUGUGUCCUAACAUGAAGAAGAUCAACAUAGUAAGAAGAAAGUUGAUAAAACCAAGCACUCCAACUCCCCAAAACCUCAAAAACUACAAACUCUCAUUCAAAGACGAGCUCAGCCCUCCAUCAAACGUCGGCGUCGUCCUCUUCUACCGGUCGAAUCCGAAACAAGCCAACGUGCUCGAAGAAUCCUUGUCGGGAAUCUUGCCGCGAUUCUACCCUCUCGCGGGAAGAUACAUCAAGGAGGACUUCAGCGUUGACUGCGUUGACCAGGGCGCCGAGUUUGUGGAAGCGGUAGCUGAUGCGGACGAUGUGGAGGCAGACGAUCUUCUUCCGCGACAAGGGGACCGGUUCGCGGGCCCCACCGAUGCGCUGCUGUCGGUUCAGAUCACUGAGUUGGUGAAAUGCGGGGGCUUGGCUGUGGGCGUUAGUGUUUCGCAUAGGAUUUUCGACGCUUCUUCGAUUGGGACGUUUAUUGCGGCUUGGUCGAAUGCUAGCAAGAUUCUAAGGGGAGAAGAGGGGAUCAUUGUUGUUCCCACCUUUGAUCCUCAUUUGUUGUUUCCUGGUAAGAAACGAAGUUACUUUUCUGAAACGAAGCCAUCAGAAACCACCACCACCAUCGUUUCAAAGCGUUUCUCAUUCAAAAAGGAAUCAAUAAAAAACCUGAGAUCAAAACUGAACCCAAAAGAAACCUUCUCGAAGGUUCGUCUCGUCUCCGCCGUCAUCGCCAAGGCCUUAAUCCGCAUCGACGCAACGAAACACAGCCGCCCGAGGCCUUCCCUCAUCAUUCAGGCCGUAGACAUGCGGCCGAGAACCGCCCCUCCUCUCCCCAAACACUCAUGCGGAAACCUCGCUUUGCACGCCGUGGCAAAGUGUCCGCACGGUGCGGCCGGUUUGGGACUCGAAGAAAUCGCAUGCGUGAUGAGCGACGCCAUCGAAAAGACUGCUUCCGACUGCGAUAAAUUGGCGUCUCGUGGAUACGAGGAGGUGGUUAUCGAGGCGGAGGCGGGUCUGAUCGAAGGGCUGAAGAGCUCGGAGGUGAAUGAUUUGUGGUUUAGUGAUUGGAGUAGGUUCGGGUUGUACGAUGCGGAUUUCGGGUGGGGGAAGCCGGUGUCGGUGGGGAUGGCGCGGGUGCCGUAUGAGAGGGUGACGGUGCUCGUGAAUGAUAGAGAUGGUGGUGGGAUUGAGGCGUGGGUUCAUUUGAGUUUAGAUGAUAUGGUUUGCUUCGAGGAAGAUGAUGAAAUUAAAUUUUAUAGUACUCCUAAUAUAUAA